CCUGACCACCCCCCCAAGCUGUUUUCCUGGGGGGGGUCUCCACUCUCCAAAUGCCUCCCCCAAACCCCUGGGCAAGGGUGGGGUGUCACAUCCCCCCAAUUUUCAGGGUGACGGGGGGUCCCUGCUGCCUUUUCCUCCCCCAAAUUUCCCCUGGCAGGGUGGGGUCAGUGCCCUCCCAAAGCCCCUCGGGGAGCUCAGGGUUAACCCCCUCCCCCUCCCUCUCCCAGCCCCUCCCCCUCCGCACCCCAUAAAUCCCCUUGGGGUUUGGGGGGUGGCUCAGAAACCCUGGAGGUGCUCAGGAUGGCGAGGCCGGUGCGCUCCUGCUCCUUCCUCCUCCUCCUCCUCCUCCUCCUGCUGCUGCUGCUGCCCGGGCCCUGCCGCGCCCCCCCCGCGGCCCCCGCCCCCCCCUGCGGGCUGCGCAGCGUCUCGGUGGGGGUGGGGGCGCUGGGGCUGGGGUACCCCUCCCCCGAGACCGUGGUGUUCCGCUACUGCGGGGGGGGCUGCCCCGCGCCCCCCACCCUGCACGGGCUGGCGCUGGGGGCCGUGCUGGGCCCGGGGGGGCCCGGGGGGGGCCCGUGCUGCCGCCCCACCCGCUACGAGGACGUGGUGUUCCUGGACUCGGGGCUGCGCUGGCAGCGGCUGCCGCGGCUCUCGGCGGGGGCCUGCGCCUGCCUGGGGUGAGACCCCUCCUCAAAAAACCCCCCUGACCCC